CAAUUCGGGUGUAGAAUAGCAUCGUUCAGAAGAGGGACUACUCAAUCCAAACUCCAAAUGGGAUUCCACUCCUCACGUUUACCUUUAUCCGCCUUGGGAAAUCCUCCUUCUCCAAGAUCCGAGCAUACAUUAUCACAAAGCCAAACAAACCCCAAUUUUUUACAACAUAGGUGUGGGCUCCUCUGUAAUAUUCCUUUUCUACGCUCUAAGCGCACGAGUUCUGUUUGGCUGCCGAGAAAACGGCAGAAUCCAAAAGUGAAAGCAAUGAGGGCCGUUGUUCAGCGUGUGGCCUCUGCCAGCGUCGAGGUGGAAGGUAGCAUCGUAUCGGCAAUUGGGCCGGGCCUGCUGGUCCUCGUCGGACUUCAUGAUGCGGAUGUUAACUCUGACGCCGACUACAUAUGUAGGAAAGUGUUGAGCAUGAGAUUAUUCCCAAAUGAAAAGACUGGGAAAACAUGGGACCAAAAUGUCAUGCAGAUGAAUUAUGAAGUUCUUUUAGGUACUUUGGUUUAUAAUUCUAUUUAUUUCUACAUUUUAAUGCUAUGUAUUGUUGGGAAAUGAUGUGAUACGUAAUGGGUUGAAGAAAGAGUGGCAAAGCAUACUUUUGAUGAUUUUUGGGUGGUGCAGUGAGUCAGUUUACAUUGUAUGGGAUUUUGAAGGGUAACAAGCCGGAUUUUCAUGUGGCGAUGCCACCCGAGAAAGCAAAGCCUUUCUAUGCUUCUGUGGUUGAAAAGUUCCACAAAUCUUACAAACCUGAUGCAGUGAAAGGUCAAUUUGGUCAAUGAUGGUCCAGUUACGAUGCAGCUUGACUCCUCACAACCGUCCAGGUGAGUGCAGUGAACUCGGCCAGUGCUUGACAGUUCACAAUCUCUCCAUUUUCCCAUGUUAUGUCUCCGUGGUUGAAUUAAGACUGUUAUAGGACAAACCAACUUAUUGCACCACUCCAGGAAUACAAGUGAUGCAGCAGAAGCACCAUGAAGGGCAAAAUGGUUAACUCUGAAUGGUGUGUGACUCGAGUUGGCUGAUUUAGCAAAGAAGGGGGGAUCCAAGUAUCCUGAAUCUCUUGGUAAACCAAAAUAUCCUGUAUGACUUGGUGGUGGUUUUUUUUUUUUUUUUUUUUUUUUUUUUUUUUUGGGGGGGG